ACCCUUUGCAAAAUUCUGCAGCUCGAUCCCGAUUUCGCCUCCAGUGUUUGGUUCCCGAGAAAAUCUACAUUUUUCCUCGCGCUCGAGGAAAACAAGCCAUGGCUCCAAAGCCGAAGGAAAAACCCAAAGCCUCGCCGUCGCAGCCUCCUCCGGCAAUCGAAGAUCUGUUCACUUCCCUCAAGAGGCAUAUCGAGCGAUCUGAAUACGAACAUGCUGUUAAGGUCGCCGAUCAAGUUUUGUCAAUCGCACCUGGCGAUGAGGAUGCUCUCCGAUGCAAAGUUGUGGCUCUGAUAAAAGACGAUAAAAUCGAUGACGCCCUCUCUGUCAUUCAGUCAUCCCAUAAGAUCCCAAUUGAUUUCGGUUUCCAGAAGGCAUACUGCCUAUACCGUCAAAACAAGUUAGACGACGCUCUAUCUUGUUUGAAGAAACAAGAGAAGGAUUCUGCAACUUCCUUGUUGGAGGCGCAGAUUCUGUAUCGGCUGGGGAAAUUAGAUGCCUGUGUGGAUAUAUACCAGAAUCUUCAAAAGUCAAAGAUCGAGACUUUGGAAAUCAAUCUCGUCGCUAGCUUGGUUUCAGCUGGAAGACCUUCCGAAGUGCAAAGAGCAUUGGAGUCUAUGAGGAUCAAAGCAACUAGCAGUUUCGAGUUGGCUUAUAAUACCGCUUGUUCGUUGAUUGAAAACAAUAAGUAUGGGGAUGCAGAACAACUAUUACUGGCUGCAAGAAGAAUCGGUCAAGAAACACUUACUGAUGACAACUUUGCUGAUGAUGAUAUUGAGAUUGAGCUUGCCCCAAUUUCUGUCCAGCUAGCAUAUGUUCAGCAGAUCCUUGGACAAAAGCAAGAAGCCGUUGACUCUUACACUGAUACUAUUAACCGAAAUCUCGCUGAUGAAUCAUCGCUUGCUGUUGCGGUGAACAACCUCGUUGCUUUGAAAGCCCCGAAAGAUGUUUCUGACAGCCUGCGGAAGUUUGAUCGGCUCAAAGAAAAUGACUCCCAAAACUUUCAGCUUUCUCAUGCACUUGACGUAAAGCUUUCACAGAAGCAUAAAGAGACAAUAUAUGCCAAUAGAGUCCUUCUUCUUCUUCAUGCAAAUAAGAUGGAUCAGGCUCGAGAACUUGUUGCCGCACUGCCAGGCCUGUUUCCUGAGAGUGUUCUGCCGGUAUUGCUUCAAGCUGCUGUUUUCGUCAGAGAGAAUAAGGCCGCAAAAGCUGAAGAACUUUUAGGACAGUAUGCUGAAAAGUUUCCCGAAAAGUCUAAGGUGGUUCUCUUGGCCAGGGCUCAAAUCUCGGCUUCAGCCAACCGUCCUCUUGUUGCAGCAGAGUCACUGUCCAAGAUACCGGAAAUCCAGCACAUGCCCGCCACUGUUGCCACCAUUGUCGCCCUCAAAGAACGAGCUGGCGACCCAAACGGUGCAGCCGCUGUUUUUGACUCAGCGAUCAAGUGGUGGUCGAAUGCAAUGACCGAGGAUGACAAUAAGCUUAGUGUGAUAAUGCCAGAGGCUGCUUCCUUCAAGCUCAGGCAUGGCCAAGAAGCCGAGGCUUCGCUUUUAUACGAGGAGAUUGUCAAAACCCACAAAAGCAUCGAUUCUCUGGUUGGUCUGGUGACAACGCUUGCUCGUGUCGACGUUAACAAAGCUGAAACUUACGAGAAGCAGCUAAAACCAUUACCCGGUUUGAAGGCUGUCGACGUGGAUAACCUAGAGAAAACCUCCGGGGCAAAACCCGUGGAAGGAACAUCAUCUACACGAGAAGAGAUCCACGAGGAGGUCAAGAACAAAGAGAAGGUGAAGAGAAAGAGAAAGAGAAAACCGAGGUAUCCGAAAGGAUUCGACCCGGCAAACCCAGGUCCGCCUCCAGACCCCGAAAGGUGGCUUCCGAAAAGGGAAAGGUCAAGUUACAGACCGAAAAGGAAAGACAAGAGAUCUGCCCAAAUCCGAGGAGCUCAGGGCGCUGUGGCGAGGGAUAAGCACGAGGCUGCCUCGUCAGGUUCGAAUCCGAACCAGGCGACGGGACCGGGCUCGAAAGCGCCGUCCCAGAACGCAGGUGCUGAUCAUUCUAAGCCAUCUUCCUCCAAGUCAUCGAAGAAGAAGAAGUCUAGGAAGUGAGCCUUUCUUCAGAGAAAACUUUGGAAAAAUCAACUUCGAGUUUUUUGGAUUUCCAGCUUUGUUUUAUUCUCCUAUUGGAUAGUUUCUCGUCGAUAUAUUAAGUUUUAUAUAUUUCGAACAGAAGGUUUCAUAUUUUUGGUAACUGUGAUCAUGUUCCUCUGAUCAAAUCUUCCGAGCCAGAAAGUUGAACGAUUCGAUUC